AUGCAGUCUGACCUUGUCAUGCAGCAUCGACACCGUGACCGCGAGCGAGACCGAGACCGCGACCGCAGGGAUGAUCGAGGGUUGCGGGACAGCCGGAGGCCGGAGCGAGGUAUAGAUGGUAGGGGAGACGAUGACUACUACCGCCGACGAGACAGGGACCGCGAUCGUCGCAGGUCGAGAGACAGAUUCACCGAUGGCAGGUUAAGGUCACCGGACCGGGGACCCGAUCGCAGUCGCGACGAUGGCAGAGAUUACCGCAGACGUCCCGACUCACCACCGCGAAGACGUGAGGAACCUGGCCGCGCGAGGCCACCAGCGGGAGAGAAUGGGAGGUCUGACGCUUCUCAGGUAUUUUCCCAGCAACGCGUCUCGUCUGCGAACACUCUUAACCGCUUGCAGGCUCCCAAACCCGCGGCCCCAGCGCCCAAGACCGAUGCCGACAAGAAAGCUGAACGACUGGCUAAGCUUGAGGCGUGGAAAAAGAAGAAAGAGAGUGAGGCGCAACAGCCAAAGGAUGUGAACCCCAGCCAGACACGGAAUCUUCUGGCUGAGAUGGACAAGAAGGCCACCGGCUCUCCAUCUUCGUCAGCGGCAGCCUCCCCUGGUCCCGAAUCAGCCACUGCGUCUCCUUCGACACCUGCGACCCCGUACGCCGGCAAAUUCGACCCCAAGGCUAUCGCGAAGCGCGCAGCGGCGCGAUCAAAUGAGGUCUCGCAAAAUGUCCUCGGUUCUGUCGAGGGCCAACCAACAGCGCCCACCACAGCCGCCAUGCCUGCGAAGAAGCCCAAUACGGCAUCGGUCUUGCCGGCGAAUCGCGCCAAGACUGGUGGUUUCGGCUUCGGAAAGGCAUCGGCCGACGACAAGCUCCCUGCCAAACGGAAACUGGAUCUGGACGAGGAGGAGACGUCGAAACGGAAGCUUACGAAACUUCCCGCGCUCCCGGUCGAAACAGACGAUACCCCGUACGCAGACCAGGACGAGGACGAUGAGUCGGAUGGCGAUGCCUUUGCUGAGAACGAGGAGGAAGCUGCUGCCGCCGCGCGCGCGGCGCAUGAGAAGCGCAUGCAGGAGGCCGAGGCGCAAGCGGGGGAGAAGAUGGAUACAGGGGGCGGCGAGCCAGCCGAGGGCGACUUGCAAAUGAACGGUGUAAUUACGCAAGAAACCAAGCCACCGGAGCUCACGCCUGAGCCCAAGGCUGCCGCAGCGCCCGCUGAGAAGAUGGAGGUGGACGAGGCGGACGAUGUGGAUCCUCUCGACGCUUUCAUGGCGGACCUCACCGAGCCCGAUGUCAGGAAGCCAGCUCAGAACCAGAGCAAGCUGCAAGAGCCAGAAGCAUACUUCAGUGACGAUGAGUACGUCCCCCAAGCGGAGGAGGAUGGUAGCGCGAAGAACUUUCUCGACAAGGUCAACAAGCGCAAGAAGAAGGAGAUUCCUGUCACGGACUUUAGCAAGGUCGACAUGAAGCCCAUACGGAAGAACUUCUGGGUCGAGCCGUCCGAGCUCAGUGCCAUGACAGAGGCCGAGGUUGACGACCUGCGUCUCGAGCUGGAUGGAAUCAAGGUCAAUGGCAAGGACGUACCGAAGCCCGUGCAAAAGUGGGCGCAAUGUGGUCUCACGCAGCAGACGCUCGAUGUCAUCAGUGAUCUGGGCUACGAGAAGCCCACGGCCAUUCAGAUGCAGGCCCUGCCGGCCAUCAUGUCCGGUCGGGACGUCAUUGGUGUCGCAAAGACGGGUUCUGGAAAGACGGUGGCCUUCUUACUGCCCAUGUUCCGCCAUAUCAAGGACCAGCCCCCUAUCAAGGACACGGAUGGUCCCAUUGGCCUGAUCAUGACCCCGACGCGCGAAUUGGCCGUGCAGAUCCACAGAGAGUGCAAGCCGUUCCUGAAGAUCAUGGGCCUCCGUGCCGUCUGCGCCUACGGUGGUGCCCCCAUCAGGGACCAGAUUGCUGAGCUCAAGCGCGGCGCUGAGAUUGUCGUGUGCACGCCUGGCCGGAUGAUCGAUCUCCUGGCUGCCAACCAAGGGCGAGUCACAAACUUGCGGAGGGUAUCGUACGUCGUCCUGGACGAAGCCGAUCGCAUGUUCGACAUGGGUUUCGAGCCUCAGGUGAUGAAGAUCUUUGCCAACAUGCGCCCCGACAAGCAGACGAUCCUGUUCUCGGCCACCAUGCCUCGCAUUGUGGACACGCUGACAAAGAAGGUGCUGAAAAGCCCUGUGGAGAUCACGGUGGGUGGGCGCAGUGUCGUCGCCAAGGAGAUUGAGCAGAUUGUCGAGGUCCGCGAGGAGUCCACCAAAUUUCAUCGCGUCCUCGAGCUGCUGGGCCAGCUGUACGAGAACGACGAGGAUGCGCGGACGCUCAUCUUCGUGGAGCGUCAGGAAAAGGCCGAUGAUCUGCUCAAGGAGUGCAUGCAAAAGGGGUACCCCUGCAUGUCCAUCCACGGAGGCAAGGACCAAAUCGACCGUGACUCGACCAUUUCCGAUUUCAAAAAGGGCGUCGUGCCCCUUCUGAUCGCUACGUCCGUCGCAGCGCGCGGUCUGGAUGUGAAGCAGCUCAAGUUGGUCAUCAACUACGACGCGCCGAAUCACUUGGAGGACUACGUACAUCGUGCUGGGCGCACGGGCCGUGCCGGCAAUACUGGUGUGGCCGUCACAUUCGUCACCCCUGAGCAGGAGAACUGCGCGCCCGGCAUCGCCAAGGCGCUGGAGCAGAGCGGCCAGCCCGUUCCCAAAGACCUCGAGGAGAUGCGCAAGACGCACCGCGAGAAGGUCAAGUCUGGCAAGGCCAAGGACACCUCGGGCUUUGGUGGCAAGGGUCUCGACCGCCUGGACCAGGAGCGCGAGGCCGCUCGCAUGCGCGAGCGCAAGACGCACAAGGCGGACGGUGACGACGUGGUGGAGGAGGAGAAGGACGACAGCAAGAAGAAGGAGGAGGAUGACGCCAAGGUGGAAAAGGCACUCGACGCGAUCAAGAACGCGACGUCUACUGUCACGGCCCGCACCAUUGAGGAAGACAACAUGCCGACGCCCGUAAUCCACAAGGGCCCUGCGCCGGGCAGCGACAAGGCCAAGAAUCCCCUCGACAAGGUCAGCUCCGCCGUCAGCGCCAUCAACUCCCGUCUCGGCAAGGCAGGGCAGCUUCGCGCCGGCCAGCCGAUUGACAACAAGGGACCUGACGCGGGCGCCUUCCACGCCACCCUGGAGAUCAACGACUUUCCACAGAAAGCCCGUUGGGCCGUCACCAACCGCACCAACGUGGCUAAGAUCCUCGAGGCUACAGGGACGAGCAUCACGACCAAGGGUAAUUUCUACCCGCCCGGAAAGGAAGUGCCGGCUGGCGCCGAGCCCAAGCUGUACAUUCUCAUUGAGGGUGACACCGAGGUGGUGGUGAGCUCCGCCCUCAGCGAACUGACCAGACUGCUCCGCGAGGGCACUAUCGCGGCAGCUGACGCGGAGGGCCGGACUGGCGCCACGGGAAGAUACACAGUUACGUAG